AUGUGUUGGAACGCCCAGAAUACGGCAGCAUCUUUGGAGCUGCUGCCCCCCGAGAUCUUGUUGCCAAUCGUCACGAGCAUCUCAGGCCUCGAUACGCUCUGGGACUUACUAAGGGCAUCGCCUCAAGUCUGGCGCCUCUUCCAUAGCCAUGCCCUUGCCAUCACCGAAGGGAUUCUUUCUGGACCGAACUCGAUAUUGCCACCAAAGGUCAAGGAACUCAUCCGUGGAGUCAUACUCGUGCGCUCUGAGGCCCUCCCUUUUCGCGAUCUAGCCGAGUUCCAGGUUCAAUUCUUACGCGGCGUAAUUCCUUUCUUUCAACCGAAUGACGCAACAUUCGUCGCUCUUGGUCCUGAACUCCUAUCCGAGACGACAGUGCCUGUGUCGGUGCUCCGAUCAAUCGUUGCAACAGCGCACCAAAUCUCUGCCCUUUCGCAAGCAUGUUUGGCGUCAUACCUACGAAGGCUGAGAGACCCUAGCUUUAGGCCACUACAUGCUUUUGAUCCAAAGCCUUACUAUACUCAUGGCUAUGGUCCUAAUGAUGACUGGGUCGCAGCCUGGGAUCGCCAGUUUGUCGGCACACCCGCCAAGGUGGUUGACGCAGGGCAGCCGACCUGGGUAGAGGAGAUGCGAGUCCUGCGUGCUAUGUGGAUUAUACAGCUUGUGGGCGAAGUGCACCGUCUUGCUCACUACAAGAGGGACACAAUGGGCUGGCCGGUUCAUGAUGUCGAGAUGCUAAGCCACAUGGAUCCAGCGGACUUGGUCGAUAGACCUGAUGGUCCUCCCAACAAAGCCGAGGAGGUUAGGUCUGCGAUGCACUACUUAGCGACGCUUGGAGACGCGACGAUAGAUGUCUACCACCGAUUGCCCCGGCCACCGUCAUAUUCGGCAAGUACUAGGUGGAUCACGGCACUGCCGAAGCGAAAAGAGGUAAUCUGGAAUGUCUGGGGUUAUCGUCGAAAUGGCGAAACCCACCCACUAAGGAACGGUUCUCCGAUACCAGAGGGUGGCACACCGAUUAAGCGGCCAAAGCUUAAUGAACAUUAUCAGUGGGGCCAGACAGAGGAAGCACUGCAAAGAGAAUCUUCUGGUAUAUCUAUUUUUCGAUCGCUCACCAUUGGCGCUGCCAAUGAUUCGCCUAUUCCAGGAGUCAAGUUCGACUCGUUCCGUCCACUGGGCGUCGCGUUUUGGGAUCAGUGGAGGAUGCAUCUUUUAGGCCUGACCUUUGGGAUCGCGGGAAUGAAUCAUCCACCCGAGUUUUACUUCUUUGCAUGGGAGAGUAUCUUGCCUCCUGAUGAGGUCGCAAGUCUGAAGGCUGAACUCCGGAAGCAAGGGCACACCCUUCACUCUAGUUCUUAG